AUAUCCGGGUCAAACUAUUCAACCACUGGGUUUUCCAUAGAACUCCGAGCGACGAAGACGAAGAGGAAGUCGGAGAUCUUCUCAAAUGGCAGCUUCAGCAGAAUCAUCCUCAGAGAUGGAAGACGCGCACUCACCUACGAUUCCACAAUCUUCGCCAUCGCAGCCUCUUCUGUCUACGAUUCCAAGCGCUAACAUCGCAGCGACGACGGUCGAAAACGCAGCUUCCUGGAUCGACGACGCAAUGCGUCAAGCGCUGGUGUACCAGAACACGAUCGUGGAGACGUUGAAUUCCACCAUCGACGCCUCGAGAACUCGAUUGUCUCAAAUUCGAGAUACUUCCAUAGCUCACACGAGCCAAACAAUCGAUUCUCUUAGAGAGAUUGCCUCUGAGUAUAGCGUUUACGAGCAUAUGGUGUUUACGAAGAUUAAAGAGGGUGUAAACGUUGCUGCAUCUCAUCCGCUAAUCUCAGGAUCUUUAGCCUUUGGUGUUGGGAUCUUUGCUCUCAAAAGUAUUAUUCUUAUACUUCAUAUAGAGUUCAUUCUCCUAAGGAUAUUUAUGCUACUGAUAUGUUUGUUUGCAGAGACGAGAAGAUUUGUAUACUACAAUACUUUACGAAUGUUCUCAAGCGAAGAGGCUUUGCUUUCUAGAGCAGAUCUUAGAGUAAAAGAGCUGAGACAAUCAAUGGAUCGUCUUACUGCCGAAAGUGAAAAGCUUGAGAGAAUUUCAACUGUGGCAGAAGAUGAGUUGAUUAGAGGAAGGAUGAAACUCAGACAAGCAGGCAAACAGAUACGAGGGGUGGUCCAAUCAGCUUAUAAGAUAGAAAACCAAGCAGCAGGUUUGAAAGAUUUACUUAAAGAAUUGCCCACGAGAGAAGCUUCUCGAUUCCGUUCUCAAAUAUCGAACCGUGCUUCUGAAAUAAAGCAAGAGAGAAAGGCUUUGACAAAGGAAGUGAACAAGAUCAGCAACUAUGGUAUCUCCGUAUGAGGAGUUUGAUUACUCUCUUGGGUUCUUAGAUGAUAAUAUCUUUAGCAUGAUUAAGACUUAUUUUGUUUGGUGUUAAAACUAUUAUAAAUAUGAAUUAAAUGAUUCUAAAAUUAUUCAUUCACAAAAUAAUAUACAAAAGUUAAGUGGGUAUUUGUCUCAA